CCCCUCUUCUUCCACCAUUGCUCUCCGAAAUUCCAUUUCCCCCUGCCGAGCGGGGCUGACCGGGCGGCCGCACCGCCUGCGCUGCUCCUGCGCCGCAGCUGCCCCGGGCGCGGCGUGUGCCCCGCGGGGCUCCUCCUGCGCCCCGGGAGAACCGGCCGUGCCCGGGGGCCGGGCUASGGGCCGGGCUAGGGGCCGCCGGGACGCACGGGGAGUUCUCAAAGAGAAGGAGAGGCGGCGGCGAAAGGGGAGACGAUYGGGUGUCUGCCGCUAGCGGCUCCCGAGCCUUCUGCGUCUCCGCCCGCGCAGCCUGCGGGCGGAGGACACCAUGGCUGGCGAGACCGAAGAUCUUAACAGCCGGGAGGCGCAGACCGUCUGCGACGGCCUGGGACGCUAUGAGGAUACGCUGCGGAGCGCCGUCCGCGAGAUCCAUGUGGACAUCCAGCUGUUCAAGCAGGGGGUAGGCCGGCAGGUGGAGGAGGUGCUGCGCCUCGCCAGCCCCCUGGCACACACCGUCUCUGAGCUGCAGCAGGAGAACCGGCGUCUGCGGGCGCAGCUGGAGCGCCUGUCUCGGCAGGUGGAGGCCCUGGGCCGUUCGGCGGGGCUGCCCCGGGAGUGGGUGAACGAGGAGGAGAGCGCGCAGGCCGUGGGGCCCGGCUCGCCGGGGCAAGGUUCGGCCGACGGCACUUUGUCCAGUCAUGCCAAGCUAGCUGGCCGGAGCCAAAGCGUAGACCUGGAUGACCACCGGAAACCUGAGUUCAGAAGAGUUUUUAGUUCUUCYAUCAUUGAAAAUGGGUAUCGAUCUUCAUCAUCAGSUCAGGCAAAAGUGGCCUCCCGUGACCUGACCUGUUUUCAGAUGUCAGAAUCUUCUUCCCCUGAAGCCCAUGCCCCUGCAGUCACCUUACAGAUGCCCCACCUUCCCGUUACUGCAGUAACCAGGACACCUGAGAAGCUCUCAGGAGAGAACAUCUGUUCGACAGGAACUGCUGCUGCAUCUUCUGGCCUGCUGGGACACGGCAAUAGCAAAAAUACAAUGGCAGUAAAAACUUCCAAGCAAUCAGAGAGUGCUGCUUCUGUCACCAAGUCUGUCUCAACCGUGAACUAUGGGCUGCGUAGUGGAACCCAAAGUGGGGAAAGUGCCAUUGACAGUUACUGUGAUGUGACCCCCAGCUCUCUCUCGCCUCCUCCUACCGUACAUCGCCAAGUUGAAAGGAGGAGAGAACUGGUACGGUCUCAGACACUCCCACGGACUGCAGAAACACAGGCCAGGAAAGCGCUUCUCGAGAAAUUUGAAUGUGAUGAUGGAAAAGGAAAGGGAGAAUCCAGAGCUAAACUGAAGAGGUCGCUGAGCUUUGGGGUUGCCAGCGCUAGCAGCAUUAAACAAAUUCUGUUAGACUGGUGUCGCUCAAAAACCAUGGGAUACAAGCACAUUGAUCUCCAGAACUUCUCCUCAAGCUGGAACGAUGGGAUGGCAUUCUGUGCUCUCGUGCAUUCUUUCUUUCCUGAAGCUUUUGAUUAUAAUAAGCUUGACCCAGCUAAUCGCAAGCAGAACUUUGAGCUGGCCUUCACGAUGGCCGAGAAAAUGGCUCACUGCGAUCGUCUGAUAGAGGUGGAAGACAUGCUGGUGAUGGGUCACAAGCCAGAUCCCAUGUGUGUCUUCACCUAUGUCCAGUCUCUGUACAGUCAUCUACGACACUUUGAAUAAAACYGUCAACACCUCUCCAGCCAGCAGGGUCGAGUACAGCAUGCUAAUGGGAAGAGUGACGUUUUGCAAAUGGAUCACAGUGUUAUAUCUUGCUUUUUACUGUCCUGUUGCUUACAUUCAGCUGUAUGGCUGGCUGACUGAAGUAUUGCUGAGCAGUGCCCUGAAGUGUUGAUCACAUCACCGUGUCAGUAAUACAGAAUUUGGUUUGAAAAAAAAAACCAUAAGCAAAGGCAAAUGCUGUCAUUUUGGUGCUAGUAGUAGGUUGAAUUUUUAGUUUUUUUUAUGUUUAGAGAUCGCGGGAAGCGAAUUUGCUUCYAUCUCUGUAAGGCCAGGGAGAAUUUUAUGCAGUGACUGCUUUGGAGGUGUUCCGCCUUAAAAUGCAGGUAGAAGACCAGAAGAGAGCACCUUCGGUUUUGCUUCUGUUGAUCAUAGUGCAAAAGAAAUAGCAGAUGGACGGGCAAAAUUCUGUUUAGCGAGCAAUAACCWAGAGUACUCAACCACUAGGGCAAUAAUGCCUCUCCUCUUACCCUACCCCUCUGCUCCAGCAUACACAUGCAUGGAUCAAAGAGGCAUUGUUUUGUUCUCUUUAAACAAUAAAAAUAAACUAAAAAAUAAAGAGAAUGUAACCGCUUGUCUGAUGAGUGUGGUGACAUUACUAUGUUACAUAAUUGGUCUGUAAUGAUCAAAUCUAAUGUGAUUUGCUGAGAGGCUUGCUAAAGUCUCUGCUGCCAUUCCUGGUUUAAUUUCUUGAUAAAAAUAGCAACAGCUGGGGCUGUUCUGUGUCUGAGAUUGUGUGCUUGYGUGUUUUAGGAUUGCGGGAAAGGUGGGCGCUAGGAAGGUAAAAAAUCCUUUGAACAGUUGUGGUAGAAACGAGCCUGUACUGUGCUUUUACCUGGAUCCUGGGGGAGAGCAGCUCUUUGGUGUGGGCAGGAGGUGAACUCUUUAGAACUUGCUCAGUACAUAUGAUAACUCUGAGGCAGACGAAUGAUGUGCAACAAAAUAUAUGAAAGAUGUGGGAGUUUUGAAAUGCCUUGCACUAUUUGCAGUUUUCAGUUAAAUCAGCAUUAAAACCACACUAGAGAUAGAUUAUUCUAGAUUUACUAGACAAGAUGGUCCCUCUUUCAGGCUAAGCGUUAAAAACAAAGCCACUAACACACAUACUUUAAAAAAGCCUUUUACAGCUGUUUCCUCCCUAAGAACAGGCUCAUAGAAAGUAAAAACUAAAAGCCACAUGUCCUCUACACAUGCUAGAGAAUGCAUCUUCCCGCUUCAGUGGGGUGAUGGUAAAGGUACCUGAGRCUUAGCAGCAACCUGUUUGCAGGGAAGUGGAAGACUGUGUUCCGAGUUGAUCUAUUGGUGGUUUGUGUGUAAGAAAACGAGGGAGACAGUGGUAUGCCCUACUUUUAGAAAAACUUACAGCUUUGUGCAUUAAGAGGUCUGCUCUAUAUGAAUAACCUCAACUAUUUGACUGUAUGAUUAAAUUGGAAUUAAAAUAUGUAGUGUAUGUCCUCAAUUGAUUUUUUACUAUUUUUAUUUUUUAAAAAAUGUGUAGCAUGUAUGUAUAUAUGACAGUAACUGUGUUUAGCAUGAGUGAUAAAAGAACAAUAUAUUAAGUUGGCAUAGUAUAUAUUUU